CAGUAGGCUCUUCCUGCGGCCUCUUAUUCCUCUUGGUCCUGGCUCACUGCUGUCCGACUUGUGUGUGCAUCUCCUUCUCUCUUGUCACUCAUACAUUCGCUUGAGUACCCAGAUACUCACCAACACUCUCGCUCAUAAAGGGUUCGGUCUUUCUUGGAUCCCAUUCUCCCGAACCCCCUUGAAUAUUUGCCCAGCUGUCACUGUACCACAGUGUCGUUGUUUCGUUUCGUUUCAUCCACCAUGAAGUCCUUCGCUCUCGUUGCCAUGGCCGCUGGCCUGGCCUCCGCCACCGAGUGGCCAGACUGCAGCCAGAACAACUGCUACCGCAACAUGAUCCGUGAGGACAUUGCAGAGAUAGGCGUCGACUUCUGCUUCGAGUUCCUCGCCGGCACCACCACCGCCCCCGAGGCCAUCCCCACAGAGUACGUCAACUGUGACAACGAUGUCCACAGCGUCUCGUCCGUCUGCUCGUGCAUCACCUACACGGCCACCCACGAGCCUUCCCCCACCGAGGAGCCCUGCACAACCACCACCACCGAGGAGGAGCAAGGCCCAACAACCGAACCUUGCACUACCACAGAGGAGGAGACUCCUACCCAGGAGCCCGAGACCAGCACUCCCUGCGAGACCACCACUGAGGAGGAAACUGCUACUCAGGGGCCCGAGACCAGCACUCCAUGCACAACCACCGAGGGGCAGACUCCCACUCAGGAGACCACCACUCCUUGCGAGACCACCACCGAGCAGCACACUACUACCACGGAGACUCAGCCUACCACCACCGAUGAGGAGGACUGCGACGACUGCACACAGACCUCCUUCACCACUGUGACCUUGCCUUGCACCGAGUAUGACUGCACCAAGACCACGGAGGUGAACACUCCCACCGAGACUCCUACCUCUGAGGAGCACACUCCCACCGAGACUCCUACCUCCGAGGAGCACACUCCCACAGAGACUCCUACGUCCGAGGAGCACACUCCUACCGAGACGCCUACUUCCGACGAGCACACUCCCACUGAGACUCCUACCUCGGAUGAGCACACUCCCACUCCUACACCCACCAGUGAUGAGCACCCCACGACCACGCCUGCCACAGAGACCACCGAGUGGACGACCUCGACCAUUUACACCACCACCUGCAUCACCAAGACCGAGUGCCCUCCUGACACGCCUGACUGCCCCAACGGCGGGACCACCACUAUCACCUCGACCAUCCCCGUGACCACCACCGUCUGCCCCGUCACCUCGACCACUGACGAGCCCGAGGAGUCUCAUGAGUCCACCACUACUGUCCCCGAGGAGACUCAGGGACCCACCACCGUUCCCGAGGAGACCCAGGCGCCUAGCACCAGCCCCGAGGAGGAGCCUACCAAGGUCACCGAGACCCAGGAUGCUUCCACUACCCCCGAGGUCACCGCCACCACCACUGCGCCCCCCGAGACCACGGAGUGGACGACCUCGACCAUCUACACCACCACCUGCAUCACCAAGACCGAGUGCCCUCCUGACACGCCUGACUGCCCCAACGGCGGAACCACCACCAUUACAUCGACUAUUCCCUUGUCUACCACCGUCUGCCCUGUCACCUCGACCACUGACGAGCCUCAGCCGACUGAGACCCCUGAGGAGCCCUGCACCCCUGGUGCGCCUGGCUGCCCUGGCACUCCUGAGGAGCCAGAGACGCCUGAGACUCCUGAGCAGCCAGAGAUUCCCGAGCAGCCAGAGACCCCCGAGACCCCCGAACAGCCAGAGACUCCCGAGACUCCUGAACAGCCAGAAACCCCUGAGCAGCCAGAGACUCCUGAGCAGCCAGAGACUCCUGAGCAGCCAGAGACUCCUGAGCAGCCAGAGACUCCUGAGCAGCCAGAGACUCCUGAGCAGCCCGAACAGCCAUGCUCGCCUGGUACACCCGGCUGCCCCAUCGUGCCUCAGCCUUCGUGGUCGACCUCGAUCACCAUCCCCGAGCCCACUGGCACCGGUAGCCUUCCAACCCCCACCCCUACCGGACCUCCUCCCGCCUCUGGCGCCGCCGGCCGUCUCGUCGGUGUCGCUCAGGCUGUCAUCGCUGCUGUCGGUGUUGCCGUUUUCAUGCUGUAAAGUGUGAUAGUGAUCGCGCUGGAAAGAUCAACAAAAAAACAACGAAAAGGAAAAACAUGCAUUGUAGAUACGGUUUUUUUGGCUACCUGGAUUCUGGAGUUUGGAUGGACAUAAUGUCAUGACCCUUACUUCUUCUUGAUGGUCGCUGAUUAUCCAGUGGCUGGGAUUAUUUACUUAUUUUUAUUACCUUUCAAAUAGACCUUAAUGUUCUUGUUGAUAACGUCUCGUUGCUCGUGCCUCGGAU